AUGGAUACUUCCACUGAUAGUUUUGAUCGCACAGGGUUACCAUUCAAAGAAGAAACAGAUGACGAAUUAGGUGUAAGACAUGCAAGAAUGAAGUUGGCAUGCUCACCAACUAGAUUUGCAAACACCAUAAAAGGUUUCUCACCUGCCCACAUAACGGCCAUUGAAGGAAAAACCGGACUUGCAGGACUCCUAAAACUGCAGAACACGUCUCUACGACGUAUUAUGCCAGUGAGGAUUGCCAAGCGAUACAACAGAGAUAAGAAAACUAUUUGGAUCCGUGGUAAGGAUAUUCCUAUAACCGAAACGGACGUGGCCCAAAUAAUGGAUCUUCCGACACAAGGGGAGGAUAUCAACCUCCGCACAAAAGGAUCAGAAAACAUAGAAUUGUUUAAUGCUUACCAAUCAAACGGCAAACUUAUGGUGUCUGCCCUUGAGAAGCAGAUUAGAAGCUCCACAUAUCCUGAUGAUCACUUCAUUAGACAAUUUGUUUUGUAUGCCAUUGGCACUAUUUUAGCACCCUCAGCAAAUGACUAUGUGGAUCGCAAAUAUUUGACCCUUGUUGAGAAUGUGGCAGAUAUUCCCAGUUUUAACUGGGGGUGUUUCACACUCACUCACUUGUUGGAUUCCAUCCUAAAAUUUCAAUACCUAGAUCAAACUUCUCUUCAGGGAAAUUUACCCUUGCUGCAAGUUUGGUACUGGGAGCACCUCCGUGCUGGGGCGGCUUCUUAUGCUCCUAGACCACCUCCGCUGAUGGCGCGAUGGGAUGAAGCCAACGCAACCUUAAGAACGACGGCUUAUGCUCUUGGAGGACCAGAUCGAGGAGAUGUGCUAUUCUAUACAUAA